CCUUUUUUUAGAGCAUUCAUACAUAAUUAGGGAUUCUGGUUCAAGAAGGUUCAACCCCUUCUUAUCCUUAAACGAUAAAACCGGUAUCCUAAAUCUUCUAGAAAUUUUCAAUAAGAGUGUACACACUCUAGACGGUAUUAUUGUAACCCUUGAACCUUUGAAGAUAUCAGUUUCUCGACGACGUUUUUCAAAAAAUUGGUGGGGCGCUUCCCAUGCGGAUCUUGCAUGGGUUUAAAAUAGUCGGAUGUAAGGAACGGUCGCGAGGUGGUUUUAAGUGAGACGGUCAAGAUUUUUUAACGUGAAAAAGAUAUAAAUGAAAAUAUAGAAAUUAAAAAUGAUCUUGAUAAAUAGUACUUUAUUUUUAAAUACGUUGAUGAUGGUGACCAACGAAACUGUUAUUCAAUCGAGUUAUGGUCAAGAUGAACUUACCACAUACAACAACUACCUGUUGACUGUUGGGGAAGAUGCCCCAAAACCGAAGUGUUUUGGGAGUUAUGGCUGUUUUGAUUUAAGUGAUCCUUGGACAAGUAAUUUUAGACCAGAAAGUCGUUUUCCGGAGCCUCUAUUGAAAGUUCACCCUCGUUUUGCGUUGUAUACAAGAAGGAAUUCUGUUGUGCCUAUUUAUUUAGAUAUGUAUGAGGUUUUUUUAGAUUCUGAUGCUAAUAUGGAUCUUGAAUUACCAUUAUAUGUACUUAUCCACGGAUUUACUGAUAAUGGUAAAAAGCAUUGGAUAUUAAGUUUAAAAGAUAAACUACUUGUUAGAGAAAAAUGUAACAUUAUUAUUGUUGAUUGGGGCAAUGCUUCAAAUCCACCUUACCCUCAAGCAGUUGCCAAUAUUCGUUUAAUUGGUGCUGUAACUGCUCAUUUACUUGAAGCACUUUAUGGAGAAGAUGAGCAUGGUUUUGAUAGAGUACAUUGUAUUGGGCACUCUUUAGGUGCACAUAUGUGUGGAUAUAUCGGUUAUCAAUUAAAAAAGGAUUUUGGGUUUACAAUGGGAAGAAUAACCGGAAUGGAUCCUGCUGGUCCUCAUUUUUCAAACACCCAACCACCAGUUCGAUUAGACAAAUCAGCAGCAAAAUAUGUCGAUAUCAUUCAUACAGACGCAGGAGAUUUUACUAGUUUAGCAUUUGGAAUACAAGAAGCAAUUGGUCACGUUGAUUUUUAUGUAAAUGGAGGUUAUGAUCAACCUGGUUGUAGAAAAACGUUUUCUGAUUUUGCCAGUACAAAUGGUUUAGUAUUGGGUGCACAAAAAUUUAUGGCUUGUAAUCACGUGAGAAGUCACGAAAUCUUUAUAGAUAGCAUUAAUAUGAAUCCAUCUUGCCCGUAUUUAACAAUUUCAUGUGAUUCAUAUGAGGCAUUUAUGAAUGGGACAUGUUUUAAAUGUGGUUAUAAAAACCAACAUUGCAUUACUUUUGGAAUGAAUAGUUAUCAAAGUUAUUUAAGGCAUUUAAAAAAUCCACAUUUUAAGCGUCAAGUGAAUCAUACACAGUUUUUUAUGACAACUCCUAAAUCUCCUUAUUGCAAGUCACAUUAUAAAAUAUCAAUCUACGUUUCAUCACACGAAGAAAGUAAAGCACAUGGAGGCGAAAUAGGAACUUUAUUAUUUACCAUGCACACCACUGUAGAUGGAAGUGGAAAAAAAUCAGAUAAAAUUUCUUUGGAUAAGGAACAUUAUCACGAACCCGGCGGUAAUUAUACCUACGUUAUCCCCGGCGAUGGUUUAAAAAAUUUAAAAGCUGUUGAAGUUGAAUGGAAUUAUAACACAAAUUUUAUUAACCCAUUAACUUGGAGGAUUAUGGCUACGCCGAGGAUUUAUAUCGAUAAAAUUGAAGUAGAAGCUUUAGAAUCAGGAGAGAGAAUUACAGUUUGUCCAAAAGAUCAAAAACCUUUAAUUAAUUCGGAUUCACAAAUAUUAUUAAAAUCCUAUUGUUCUAAUACUUAAAAAGUAUUGUUAAAAAAAUUUGUUAUUAGGUUUAUAAUAAUCAAUGCAAUUAAUUUUAUAAAUAAUUAUUAAUUUAAUAAAUACAAAAAAACAUCUUAAUUUCUUCUUAUAUCAUCUAAA